CCCUAUGCAUCUGCAAGCCAAGUGAAUCUGCUUACGGCCUUCCCCAAGCCUCGUUGGCACCCGCAUAUCCCGAAUGCUCUUCCGAAAAUGCCAGUCAACAUGACCUGCAGGUUGCGGCAAGAACGUCCGUGGUACUAGGAGAGCACACAUGUACACUCGGGGUUUCAUCCUUUAUGGAAGAAUGUCACAUAAGAAAUGUCAUGUUGCCCCUCCCGCUGCCAUGCCUCGGGUUGCAAGCCUGGCGUCAAAACUUCAACUAGAACCGCAGGACGAAAGCACACAGUGUUAGACUCCAUUAUGGAGCUACCAGAUAACCCUCCCAAGGUCGACAUCAGGAAGGACAUUUACGAGACGCUCCCAAAUACAGCAGAGUUACUAGAUAAUUGGGACACCAUCGAUGCCGAUGAGAUCGCAAACGACAUAGUAUCGGGCCUGUCAAAGGCCCUUCAGCAGGGGCAGCACCACGCCAUUGAAGCCUUCUUCGCCGAACCUUCCAGUCACUGGAAAGAUACACUGUCUUUCACAGCUCAUAUCAGAACCUUCAAUGGCAAAGGUGUCAUUGCAUUGGCUUUGCUAGAACUCUUCGCUCUUCGCAAGGCCCAGAGCUUCCAAUUUGAGAGGGCCCAGGUUUUAUCGGCCACCACAGAACUUAAAUGGCUCGACUGCGAAUUUAUCUUCCUGACUGGUUCUCCCAAGGCAUCCUGCCGAGGAAAGAUGAUGCUUAUCCCUGGCGGCCGGGACUCAGGCGACAAUAAAUGGAAGAUUUGGUCCAUGAGCACAUACCUGUCCGAGUACGAAGACUUCCCCGAGGAUGAGGGUCUGCUCCGAGUCCCUUCGACUCCUGUGACGGACGACAGCCAUAUCUCUACAAGUGUGCUGGUUGUCGGCGGCGGCAAUGGAGGCUUGAUCCUUGCCGCUCGAUUGAAGGCCUUGAACAUCGACUACGUCGUGGUCGACCGGAAUGCAAGGGUGGGGGACAAUUGGGCGACCAGAUACGACUGUAUGCGCUUCCACGUUUACAAGUCGUUCUGCGAGACCCCAUACAUUCCGUAUCCCCAGGCUUCCAAUGAUGGUCUCACACGUGACCAACUAGCCGACCAAAUGGUCGCUUUCGCAAAGGAGUUCGACCUAGACCGCCGCGUUCUACACCGUACGACAAUUACUGCAACCCGGUACAAUCAAGAGAGCAAGAUAUGGAAUGUUGAGAUACAGACGGGGGAUCUUCGACGCACCCUAUCUUGCACAUGCAUGGUCCUCGCUACGGGCGGCGCCGGCUUCGCGGGACCCGCGCCUCUGCCAGAUCUUCCGGGCCGAGAAUCAUUCAAGGGGCCCAACAUACACUCAGCAUCGUAUCGAAAUGCUAGCGACCUGGUUGCAGCGGGGGCGAAGUCCGUAGCCAUCAUCGGCUCUGGGAACACUGCAUUCGAUGUCUUGGUCGACUGUCACGAUUCAGGUCUCAAGACCACUAUGGUGCAGCGAUCAGAGACGUACGUCGUUCCCAUGACGUACUUUGCUCACCCGAUGGGCUUUGGGGUCUACGACAUCUUAGCCCCUGACGACGCGGACGUGAUUGUGAACGGAGGCCCGCUGGCUAUUGGCGGGGCCCUCCUGGGUUUGGUCCACGCGAUGCUAGCCCAAGAAGAGCCGGAUCGAUACGCAGAGGCCAGGAGAGCAGGGUUCCGCGUGCAAGACUCCCUGACUGGCGACCUGCUCGUGAACCUCAUCGAGCGUUGCGGAGGGCACUUUGUAGACAUGGGCAGCGGCAUGGAGCUCAUCACGACGAGAAAGGUCGGUGUUCGGUCCGGGGUUGUGCCCAAGUCCUACACCGACAACGGUCUAGUGUUAUCCGAUGGUAGCAAUCUGCAGGCAGAUGCCAUAGUCUGGUGCAUUGGCUUCGGAAAUGUUGAUGGCCGAAAGAAUCUCCCAGAUACCCUGGGAAUCGGAGCCGAGGACAUUGCGAGACGGCUCGAGCCUACUUGGGGUGUGGACGCCCAGGGCGAGAUUCGUGGGCUUUGGAAGAGGCACCCUGGAGUCGACAACCUCUGGAUGUUUGCUGGUGGUACGGCUCAGCAUCGGUGGUUUUCAAAGGUGAUUGCUUUGCAGAUCAAGGGAGUUCUUGAGGGGAUCUUGCCGGACGCCUACAGACGCACGCCAGAGGUACUUGCUGGUGGAGAUUGGAGAGGAGGAGAAACAUGGGCUCCUAGUCUGUAGAUGACUGGCUUUGUUGGCAAGGUUGGUAAUUUGACAUCUGGAAUGUUAUCGGGCUUGGAUUUUGGUUUCAAUACAAUCAAUAUUUCCGAGAAGUGGAUUUGCCAGUACCUAGGCUCUCACUCAUCGAGCUAGAUACCUUGUGAAUGAAAGGCCCAUGCUUGCCCUCACGUUCUUAGUUGAGCUGUGGAGCCAUGGAGUCGACGGCCCAGUAGUGAGAAUGGGA